ACUGAAGCUGAAAAUGUAAAGGAAACAGAGAAAGAAAAAAAUUUAAAAGAUGAUAAAGAAGAGGAGAAAAUGUCAGAAGAUGGAAAUGAUGAUACAAAAGAGCAAUCCAAUGAAAAUGAAAAGAAAAAGCAGACUGAAGCUGAAAAUGUGAAGGAAACAGGGAAAGAAAAAAAUUUAAAAGAUAAAGAAGAGGAGAAAAUGUCAGAAGAUGGAAAUGAUGAUACAAAAGAGCAAUCCAAUGAAAAUAAAAAGAGAAAACAAACUGAAACUGAAGACAUGAAGGAAACAGAGGAAGAAAAAAAAUUAAAGGAUGAUAAAGAAGAAGAGGAAAAAAUGACAGAAGAUGAAAAUGAUACAAAAGACCAAUCCAAUGAAAAUAAGAAGAGCAAACAAACUGAAGAUAUAAAGGAAGAGGAGAAAGUACAUAAUUUAAAAGAUGAUGAAGAUUUAAGUGAAGAAGAGAAAUUUGAGGAGAUAAAAUUUCCAGAUACUCUGGAAGGCUUCAAUUAUAAAUUUAAUUCAGGUUUGCUUUCAUGUUGAUCUUUUCUUUAUUAUGAGGUUUGCCAUUGCAAAACUAGCAUCAGUGACCAAGGUAAUUCAACAGAAGGACGCACAUCUCGGGACAUCAAAGGUUAUAACUCUGGCAUCGACAUUCUAGGCGCACGUGCGUCCCUACACGCUGAACGUCACAAAAACCAUAGCAACCAGAACAUAAACCGUCAGCGUACGUGACGAAUUACCCAUGUGCGUGACAGUUGCCAUGAUAAUCACGCGUCGCGCAAUGAUUGCACCAAAGGACUAAUGAUAUUUUGCACUAACAUUAGACUGAAAUAUAUUCUUCAUUUCAACAUUAAUUUUACCAAAAUUGUGGUGAAUUGUCGUUCAUGAGACUUACUUUGCAG